UUUAAACGUAGCAGACCAACUCGUAUUUAAGAUUGAGCAGUGCCGGCAACCGACCUCGCUUGCCAAAGGAUCCCGGAGACCAGCGAGUAAAGAAGAAACAGAGAUGCCUAAGAACUCACACGAUAAGAUGAUAAGAAUCCAUGUGACUCAUGGCGAAAUCAAGCGGAUUAUUUCCUUUCAGAAGGGAGGAGAAGUUUGUAAAUUGCGCCCUCAUUUCCUCCAAACCUUCUCUGAUGUGUUAUCGGGUGAUAUUGCUCCUGAGCAUGUCACUUUUCAAGAGUAUCUUGGGGACUUUAAAGACUUUGUGGAACUUCCUUCAGAUGCAACACUCGACAAUGACAUCAAAAUCCGAGCCGUAACAUUAAAAUCGCUAAAACAGGCUGCACAAAUAUCUUCCGCUGAGAUUCAACAAGACAUGGAACUCCAACGGUGGCCCCGAUUGUGGCCCCAUUGUCACUUGGUGUAUCCAUGUUUUCCAAUACAUGAUUUAGGGCCGGGUUCGCCGAUGUUUUCAAGGCUUCAUCCAAUCAAAAUAAAUACUACAUACCAACUUUGGAGCCCAGUCAGCAAGAUAAACGAUGGUUGCAUUGAACGUCAUUCGCACAAUAAUAUAGUAAAUUGUAAAGGGAAUUUCAACAAUGGAAUUAACACUGUUAUGGAAGCUAUUGAUGAAACAAGCAUUUUGACCUUCUACGUGGCGCUUCAGUUUAAAGAUAGUUCAAGUGGUAAGGAUUAUGUACUGACUGGAAAUGCAGAAGGAGAGGAUAUUACCUCCACAGAGGUACAAAAUGGAGUGCCACUCAACGAUAAAUGUAUCUUUUUGCCCCUUUACUACUGGAGUUACACCAUGUUCCAAAACAAGAAAGAUAAGACCCUAUACCUGGGUUGCGAUCACACUGGAAAAGCAACAUUAGUGAAAAAUGCUGACCUCGACUAUCCCAACCCUCAAGCUCUGUUUAUUUUAAAAAGAGUUGUUCAAGUUCAGUAACUCCCUUGUGAAUAAAACUGGCUUCAGAGCCCAAUAAAGAUCACGACUUUUCCCCA